AUGAGGUCCCUCUGGAAGCUCCUGGUCUGCCUUCUUGUUGGGACCACUAUCUACCCAGCCAUCUUCCUGCUCUCGGUCAUCAUCCAGUAUGCCCAAACGUCGCUUCCUCCUGCGAUUGAACAACAAUGGAAGCUCCGUUUCUGCCAGACGGUCUUCAUCUCGGGCAUCGUUUUAGGAAUUGUGUUGGAGGAACUGGGUUUGAGCAGUGUCCCUGAAAUCUUACGGAUAUUCGCUAAUGGAAUCCCAGCGUGCAGGGAUCCGGCCGUCGUCAUUCGGGACCAGAAAUUUGACGGGGUGCCGGUGAGGAUCUACUCAUCCAAAACAGUGCCAGCUACGAAACGAAAAGCGAUGCUUUACUUCCAUGGAGGCUGUGGCAUUUUCGGAAGCUUCGAUACCUACGAAAGGUUCCUGCGUCACAUUGCCAAAGAGGGGGAUACAACGGUCAUCGCAGUUGGGUAUGGAGUUGGGCCGGAAAACCCUUACCCAAACCAGAAUGCUGAAUGUCUAAAGGCCACCAUCUUCCUCCUGAAACAUGCCGAAGAUUACGGGGUGGACAGCUGCCGUGUUAUCAUUUCUGGAGACAGCUUUGGGGGGCUAUUAGCCGCCCAAGUUUGCCAGUUACUGGUGGACCGGAGUGAUCUUCCCAAGGUCCACGCCCAAGCCUUGAUCUACCCAGUGCUGCAGGCUCUGGAUCUGACCUUGCCGUCCUACCAGCAGAACUGCAGAAGUCCCUUCUUGUGGCGCAAGCUGGUGGCCUUCGUCUGCUGCCGAUACUUCAACAAGCCAACUUCCUUCGUGAACGGUCUCCUGAAGAACAGCCAUGUCCCGGAGGCCACCCGGCUGAAGUACCAGAAGUGGGUCGACGGCAGCCUUAUCCCUGAGGAGUUCAAGGUCAGAGGCUACACGCCGCAAGAGCCUUCCGGGGCUAAUUUCAGCCCUCAGCUCUACGAAGAAAUGAAAGUGAUGCUCACCGUGGCUGGCUCGCCCUUGUUUGCGGACGACGGGGUGAUCUCCAAGCUCCCUCAGACCUUCCUUUUGACCUGCGAGUUUGAUGUCCUUCGCGAUGACGGGCUGCUGUACGUGAAGCGGCUGACGGACAACCGUGUGCCGGUCACCUGGAGCCACGUCGAGAACGGCGUGCAUGCCGUUCUCAUGUUCUUUGACUAUCGCCUCCUGUCGUUUACCUCAGCCAACAGGAUUGUGCGCGACGUCAGCGAGUUUAUCAGAGGCUUGUGAGGGCCAAAUUAAACCGAGAAUUAAUCUUCCUGAAAUGCAGAGAAUUCAGUGGCCCAGAUUUAGGAAAAACUGGUUAAAUGCUGGUUAAUGAACCCCAAACCGAGGUUCUCCUCAUCCAAACGCAGCUCUUAAAAUCAAGCUGAUUUUCUGGUUCACAAGAACUCAUGAAGGAAGAUGAACUUUCCCAGACAGACAUUCAAGCCCUCUUAAAUGCAACUUGGUGUAGACCUCACAGGACUUCCAAUUAACAGAA